GAUGAGCUUUCUUCGGGGUCAUCUGAUUACGCCGCAAGUACUUGGAUUGCUUGGUUUCUUUCCACAAAGGGAAAUGAGUACUUUUGCGAGAUCGAUGAAGACUACAUAUUGGAUCGCUUCAAUCUCACCGGCUUGAACUCAGAGGUUCACCACUAUUUGUACGCCCUCGAUUUAAUCACCGACGCACUUGAUGAAAACAUCAGUGACUCAAAUCGUGACCAAAUCGAGACGCAGGCCCGCAUUUUAUAUGGACUUAUCCACGCUAGAUAUGUCGUGACAACACGUGGACUCGCAAAAAUGCUUGACAAAUUCAAGCGCGCUGAUUUUGGUCGGUGUCCUCGAGUACUGUGCUAUCAGCAACCGCUGUUACCGGUGGGAUUGUCUGACAUCCCGUUUCAAAGCCCAGUCCGCCUAUACUGCCCCCGGUGCGAGGAUCUUUAUCGACCGAAGAGCUCGCGCCACUGCGCCAUUGAUGGUGCAUUUUUUGGUUCUUCUUUGCCGCAUAUGUUGCUCAUGGUAUACCCUCACAUGAUCCCGACAAAAACGACUGUUAUUCCUCCCCCAGUACCACGAACGCAGCGGCAAUAUGGUGGUGUGUCUGCUGAUGCUCUGCAUCAAAGAGCUCUGGCUUUGGAACGCAAGUCAGGGCAUGCGCUCUCCGGUGAAGAGACUGACUGCAUGGGGGUGGCCUCCGACCACUCCACGGAGCCCACAGUCCCGCCCAAUGUUAGGAUUGAAAGAGUCGUGCCUCGCAUUUUUGGCUUUCCUAUCCAUGAGACUAGCCGUCUAAUGGCAUGGCAAGAGCGGAAGCACGAGCAGCAAAUGACCAAGAUCGCUGAGUUUCAUCGGCGAAAAUUAGACACUGUUUAA